UUUGUCAUUCAUCCUGCUCCGCCGUCUUUCCGUUGAGACUGGUUGAGCUGUGACUUGUGUUUCUAGGUUGAAAGAUGGCUGCAGGUCCUCUCUCUGUGUCUUCUAACGCGUCCACAAACAACGAUGGCAUUCUCAUCGGUGACAAAGUUUACUCUGAGGUUUACCUUACGAUUGACAACUCACUCGUACCGGAGGAAAGGUUGUCUACGACGCCUUCCAUGCUCGACGGCCUCGACCUGAACACGGAGACCGACCUUCGCGUCCUGGGAUGUGAACUGAUUCAGUCGGCGGGAAUUCUUCUGCGGUUACCACAGGUGGCAAUGGCGACCGGCCAAGUUUUAUUCCAUCGCUUUUUCUACUCUAAAUCCUUCGUCAAGCACAGUUUUGAGAUUGUUGCUAUGGCUUGUAUGAAUUUAGCCUCCAAGAUUGAAGAAGCACCACGGCGAAUACGAGACGUCAUUAAUGUUUUCCACCAUUUAAGGCAGCUCAGAGGAAAAAAGACUCCAAGUUCAUUGAUACUUGAUCAGAACUACAUUAAUACCAAAAACCAAGUCAUCAAAGCGGAACGGCGGGUCCUGAAGGAGCUGGGCUUCUGUGUGCAUGUCAAGCAUCCACAUAAGAUCAUUGUCAUGUACCUUCAAGUCCUGGAUUGUGAGAAAAACCAGACCCUCGUCCAGACGGCCUGGAACUACAUGAAUGAUAGCCUAAGGACAAAUGUGUUUGUGAGGUUCCAAGCGGAGACCAUAGCCUGUGCCUGCAUAUUCCUUGCUGCUCGAGCAUUGCAGCUACCUCUACCAUCUAGACCUAAUUGGUACCUGCUGUUUGGAGCCAGUGAAGAAGAGAUUAAAGACAUCUGUAUUACCACGCUUACUCUCUACACACGAAAGAAGCCCAAUUAUGAGCAGCUAGAGAAGGAGGUGGAGCGAAGAAAAGUAUUUUUGGCAGAAGCUAAACUCAAAGCCAAAGGCCUCAAUCCUGAUGGUACUCCCGCACUGUCUACACUGGGUGGCUUCUCUCCUGCAUCCAAGCCCUCCUCCCCAAAUGUUGUCAAGGUGGAAGAGAAGUCCCCAAACACCCAGGCACUUAAACCAGUUAAAAAGGAGCCAGACAGCCGGACUCAGGUUAACAAAAGUCCACACAAUGGUUUGAGGAAAGAGGUGAAAAUUGGAAGGAACAGCAGAAGUGGAAGUCGGUCUCAAUCAAGAACACGUUCUCGAUCUAGAUCCCGCUCUCCUCGCAGGCAUUACAACAGCAGACGCAGUCGCUCGGGGACCUACAGUUCUCGCUCACGUUCGCGGUCUCACAGUCGCAGCCCAUCACCUAGGAGACAUCCACCCUCACCCCUCUUGCCCCACCUGAAGUCCAAGGCCAGCCACCAUGGCAACAGUGACUCCAAGUCCAGCGGACGGCACAACAAUAGUGGCGGUGGAGGAUCUGGUCACAAGAGGAAACGCUCGCGUUCUCGGUCACGCUCCCGCACUCCAGUCAAAGUAGACAGGGAUCGGGAAAGGGAGCGUGAGAGAGACAGAGAUCGCAGCUCUUUUGAGCUCUCUUCAAAGAAACACAAACAUGAACGGGGAAGUGGUCAUCGAGGCGACCGAAGGGAAAGGGAAAGGUCUCGGUCUUAUGAGAGGGACAGAGAGAGGGAGCGCAGCCACAAGAGCAAACACCACGGUGGUAGUGGACACUCUGGACACACUCGCCAUCGACGCUGAGACAAACGCAUCCCUAAACACAGGUUCUGGGACUGAGGGUUACCAUAAUGUCUCCACUAUACUCAAUGUGGGAUGUUCUGUCAAUGGAUAUUUUUAUUUUUUAUUUUUUUACAUUUUGUCAGCCGGUAUUAAGAAUUUUGAUUUUGAGGUCUGUGCCAGCUGGAUUCAUUGUGGAACACACAGCUAUUAAAUCCUUCAAAUGGUUAAGAGAUCGUGCUUGAAGAUUUUUAGGUUUAUCUGUCUCCUACCAAAUGAUUUUGGUUUCUGGGUUCCUCUUAUGCACCCAAAACUAGCCUACUCUACUAACUAAAUCCUGGUUGCAAUCUACUGUUAGAUUUUGUUGCCUAUAGUUUAUUCAUAACUUUAGUAAAAAGUUUUGUCCCAAUUAGCCUUAAAUUUGACAUCAGUAAAUUUUAUACAUUGUAGAUAUAGCUUCUAUAUGCACAAAUGUCAUUGCAAUAGAAUAUUUAUUGGAUUGAGUGAUGUUACUACAGCACACACAGCCAUUUUGGGGCAUCUGAGUAACCCAGGCAACAACUGGAGCAGUGGAAGGUUGUUUGGCAAACCUUUUUACAUGAUCGCAGCCUGAGGAAUUGUAUUAAUAUAUUGAGAUCAGUCCCAGACCCAUCUCACAAGUUAAUUUCCAAUGGUACCCUGUCUACAAGGCUCUACAAUUUCUUUUUCCCCCUCUUUGUUUUACAUGUACAAUUUUGGACUUUGGGAGAGGGGGUAUCUAUUUACAGUGUAAAGAAAGAUGGAUGUCCACUGACAAAAUGUGAAUGCUUUGAUUUUUAAAAGCGAACUGUUCAGUGAAAGUGUUGAAUGAAUAAAUGUAAAAUAAAAAUUAUUAUUCAGGAAAGAUUACGAUGUUUGCACAUUAAGGGAGUGGCAGGUGACUCUUUUUUAAUGUUUGAACUCAUUUUGCUUUUGUAUAGUUUAACAGCAAUUUUUUUUUUUUUUUUAUAACAGCAGGGGUUGCAGACUUAAUUUCCAAACGUUUUAGUGUUGUCAGUUUGUUACACUGGUUUUAGUCUGCAUGACCUCAUGUCAUAUUUUAUUCAAUAAAUGAGUUAUGCCACUGAA